AGCAGGAAAUUGGAAAAAUUAAGGAGAAAUUAGAAAAUGCCCCAAAUCCAUCUCCGAAUGAUACACCUGACAAUAAUAAUCCGCCAGCACCCGAUAAUUCUGACCCCAACCAAAAUAAACCGGUAGAGUAUGUGGCUACCAAAAUAAAUGACAAUACAUUUAAAUAUCAUUUUGUCAUUAAUAACGCGAGCGGAGAAAAACUAAAAUGUCCGCCAGUAUCCCAGAAAACCCGCGAUAAGCCUUUUGAAUUUGUGGUGAUAAAGAGUGAAGUGCUAAAUAAUAUUAGCCAAGAUUUUUCUGCUUUCAUUCCCCAUCUUACUCCAAAUGCCAGA